UCUGGGGCAGGUGGGAUGGAUGAGGGCGACAGCCCUGCGUGUUGGGGACAGCCCUGGGCGGGCGCUGGGUACGGCCGAGGGUGCCGAACGCAGCCCUGUGUGCCGGGUGGGGCCAGCCCCCCCCACGGGCAAGCACGGCCCCGGGUGCCGCGGCCCCGCGCGACCGCUCCCUGCCGGCACGGCGCGGGCAGCUGGGGGCCUGGGGCAGGGCGGGGACUUACGGCGGUAAGAUGGCGCCUAAAGGGAAAGGCGGCGGCAAAGCCGGGAAGGGUUCGGCACAUCCUGUGCGAGAAGCACGGCCGGGCCAUGGAGGCUAUGGAGAAGCUGAAGUCCGGGCAGCGCUUUAGCGAGGUGGCGGCACAGUACAGUGAGGACAAGGCCAGGCAAGGGGGAGACCUGGGCUGGAUGACCAGAGGCUCCAUGGUGGGACCAUUCCAGGAGGCAGCAUUUGCCCUGCCUGUGAGCAGCAUGGACAAGCCCGUGUACACGGACCCUCCCGUCAAGACCAAGUUUGGAUACCACAUUAUCAUGGUGGAAGGCAGAAAAUAAAAUGUGAAUGACCAUGA